UACGCGAAAUAGUAUAAAGUGCAGUGUGUGGACCACUGACACUUUGAGGUUAUGUCGCGCGAUAAAUAUUCUCGAUUUUCGUAAAAAUUUGCGAUGUCGUUGCCGAAAAUCCCGUGGGAGGACUUGACGGGCGACUGCCCGAUCGUUUUGGAACUGGCGAGACAUUUUCGGGCAGAAAAUAAGAGCGGCAUCGCCACUUGCCUCGCCCAGCUCAAGAAUGAUCCAAAGCUGCGUAAGGAGUUCACUAAGCAAGCAAAUAAUCUCUGUAUUCUUGCUCAGCUUCUACGCUGCCAAAAUCAUGCAAUCCUAAACAUGAGUCUGAGCAUACUUGCAGAUGCCUGCAUAGCUUUCGAAGCCAGGGAAAAGGUACGGAGCAGCGAAAUUGGAUCCAAUGUGGUGCUUAUAAUAAAAAACUCGAAAUUAGAUAACAGGCUGCACUGUCGUGCUUGCAGACUUGUUAGUAAUUUGUCAGAAUGCAGCUGGCAUGCCAAAGUGUUAUACAAUACCGGUAUAGUGGAAGCACUUAAAGAGCUUCUAAUGUCAAAAACCAGUACACAAACUUAUUGCAUGGCGGUCAGAGCUGUAAGGAACAUUUGGAGCUUUUACGAGCAGAGCCGAGAGAAAAUGAUAGAGCACGAGAUUAUGAAGCUUGUUGCCCAAAUAUUUGUCAUGGUCGAGAAGAAGUCCAGCGGGGAUGCCAAGUACGUCGAUCUCAUAGAUGCGUGCUUGAAAGCCAUGUGCGCGUUCCUUGGGACUCUGGACCCGCGCUGUGGCAUACAGAUGGAAGUGGAGAAGAAUAAACAGGGCUACAGAUGCCUCAUGCGGUGUUGCAGCAUGAACAGUAACAAAAUGGCUAUCAAGUGCCUGUACGGUCUUUGCCAGAUAGCGGAGUGCCGAUUGCUGUUGGGCAUUUCCGGUGCGGUCGAGGAACUCGUGACUCUGAUCAACACUAAGCACCUGCACGAGGAAGUGCUGGUCAGCUUGUGCAUGUUCUGCCGAGAAUCGGUGAAUCGGGACAGGAUCAAGGACUGCAAUGGAUUGCAAUUGAUCCUGGCGCUGCUGAAGAAGCCCGAGCACGAGCGCUAUCAUCCUGUAUUGCUGCAGGCGCUCGCGCAAUUUCUCUACGACGACAUCGCUAUCGACAUUUUGGUGAAGCACGGUAUAGUGGAGAUUUUGGUGGCGAAACUGACGAGCAUCGCCGCGUCUGUGGACAGCAAGAAGAGUAAUGCAUCCAGGAAGCGCUACAGUGAUUAUCCACCGGAGAGCCAAAAGACACCUCUGAAGUACAACCGGAUUUAUUCAAGAUUCAGCAUGGAUUAUUAUCGCGACGAUUGGAGCCCGAGAAGCACGACGAGCGCUUCGUCCUCGUCGCCGCCCAGCACGCCGCCGUUACGCGUCUUUUCCGAUUCUAAUGCGGAGACCGACGACACCGAGGAUGACAUUUACAGUCCGAUCUGCAGCGAUACGGAAUGCGGCGACAAUGACGAGGAGGUGGAAAUCGCUUCUCUGAAGAGCUGCAAGUCGCUCACAGUCGGCGAAGCGGAUUCCGACGCGCCUUCAUCAGACACCAAGAUCCCCAGCAAGAAUGUUUGCGAAUACCACACGUUGCUGCUGUUGGGUAGUUUUUCCCUCAGGACCAUCGACGGCCUGGCGGAUCCGACAACCAUUAAUGCACUGAUGACGUACAUAACGGUGAAUGUAUUUCAAAAACGCCACAGAUACUCGGCGAUCAAGAUAUUGCAUAGAAUCAUGAGGAACGCGGCGUACUUUACGUCGUUGUUGAAGCAAGGCUUGGUGUUCGAGAUACAGACUCUGCCGGAAUCGGAGGAGUGGACGCGGUGUUUGCGCACAGUGGCGGAGACCGGCGGCUCCAUCGGCCAUCUGUCAUUCAUGCUGCUGCGCGGCGAGGAGCAGCACAAGCUGCUGACCGCCGUGUCGAUACCGCUUCUCAUCAAGAUACGUUCCACCCUCGAGCGUCUGCUGAACAAGUACGGCGGGCUGGAGCUGAUAUUCCGCUUGCUGGUGGACUCGUCGCACGACUGGCACGAGCGGGCAAUCUGGUCGAUCUGCCAGUUGGCGAAAUCGCUGAAGAUCGAUCCGUUUGAUGUCCGUCCGAUUCCGUUAACGGCGGGCGCCGGCGAGCCACGCGACUACUCGCGACUGUCCCUCGAGGCGAGUCAUCCGACGGCAACGGUCUCGUCGACGGUGACGUUCGAGCUGGACGACGGCACGACCGUCGAGGCGUGCAGGAAGAUGCUGUGCUGCCGCUCGGACGUCUUCUCCGCCAUGCUGGACGGCAAUUUCAGCGAGUCGGGCAAGAAACGGGUGCGGCUGAAGAACACGUCGCGUGACGGCCUGAUCACGCUGAUCCUGGCGGCGACGGGCGCGGCGUUUGAGUAUCAGAGCAUCGAGUCGCUUCUCGACGCCGUGCUGCUGGCCGACAAGUUUCUCAUGCCGGACUUGCUGGAAACGCUGACCGAGACCGCGAUCGACAAGCUCAGUCACGAGAACUUCUGCCGCGUUUGGCGCUGGGCCAGGAAAUACUCCUGCCACGAGUUGAGGUCUUGCUGCGUCAAGAGCUUCCUCGUCGCGAAGACGUCGUGGAGCGAGACGGUGCGGACGUUUCGCGACUUCAGCGCCACCGACGACUUCGGCGAGUUCCUGAACGAGAUCCGGGAGAUAAUCGUCGGCGAGUUGUGCCAAGUUUAAAGACGUCGGACGAUCCAUGAAUUCGGAAUUAGUGCAAUUUUACUAUGAAAAAAAAAUAAUUCUUUAACCUCCCGAGUGAAUCAUCGAAGAGCAAAUUCUAGGAAUGAACGUAACAUAAUCUAACCGCCUGUCGCUAGUCUAAUUUUACGCCGUUCGUUCUAUUAAAUUUUGUCGAGAGACUCUUCGCGCAUGCUUAGUGCAUUUUCAAUUUUCGAAAUUACUCGACGAUUAAGACAGUAUUGUCUUUAUUAAUUCUGUACAUAUUGCAAUAUAAAUAUUGUCGCUCUCACG